UUUUCCUAUUUUUUGUAAGUGCCUGGAACACAUCGCUAAAAUGAACUGUGCUAAGUGGCUAAGUCACAUAACUGUCUUUUUUCCUUCUAUAUAUCUACCGUAAUAAUGUCGUUCAAAAGGGAAGGUGAUGACAAGAGUCAGUUAAAUAUUCUGAAGAAACGUCGUGUUGCAGAUCUUCUGUCAAAUUUUAUUCCUGAAGAUGAAGCAGCUCUUCUGAAAAAUGGAAGAUACAGCUGCCUUGUGUGUUCUUACCGCCCUGUGUUUGACACCAUUGACACACUGACUGUCCACAGAAAUGGGAAAAGACAUCUGCAAGGAUUAAAAAGAUUUUAUGGAAAGAAAGCACAGCUGAAGAAUGAAAUUACAAAGAGACAACAUGAAAAAUAUGUGCAGGCUGAAGACAGAAGACAGGAACCCUCCACUUCAGCCCCUUUACUGGAACAAACACAGAAACUUACCCAUCAUGCUUUACUGAAGACUGUCCCGUAUAACAGCUGUCACAGACAAACCAGCACAAAGUCUAAACAAGGACCGGAGAGUGUGAGUUUGGAUUCCAGUUCCAGCCCUUCCAGCACAAGGUCAUCAGAACAACAGAAAGAACACUGGAAUACUGCAGUUUCAGAUGGUUUGCCACCAAGCAGUUCUACCGUUUGCUCAUCAGCCCAGAAAGAGCCACAGCCAUCAAAGCUCAUUAAAGGACUUCAGCCAGCAGUGAUGCAGGCAUCCGAGCUGAUAACAGCCAAAAAGAGGAGAGAGCUGGAACACUACCUCAAACUUAAAAGUGACGGGUGGCUGAAAGACAGGAGUGGCCAAUGGGUUAAAGACGAGAAUGUGGAGUUUGACUCAGACGAAGAGGAGCCGCCUGCACUUCUACCUCAGCCGUCUAGUGACUGAGAGAACUGUGUGAAAACAGUAUUUUGAGACAGCAGCCCUGUUCCUGGAGAGCACCUGCCCUCCAUGUUCUAUCAGGCUCCAUGCUCCACC